GCGAAGCGGACAGUGGGGUUCUGCGACGGCAGGCGGCGCUUGUGCUGCCAGUUCCGCGCUGCGCGCGCUUCCCUCGAGCGCCGCACUCAGACCGAUCGCCGGCCGCGAAGGCGCCCAGACGGCAACCGAGAGACCCAUGCGGAAGAAGUGAACACGCAGGUCGGCGAGAUGCUGGCGCUGCUGACCGCCGGCGUGGCGCUCGCCGUGGCUGCCGCUGGAGCCCAGGACAGCCCGAUACCUGGCAGCCGCUUCGUGUGCACCGCGUUGCCCCCCGAAGCGGCGCGCGCCGGCUGCCCGCUGCCCGCGAUGCCCAUGCAGGGCGGCACGCUGAGCCCAGAGGAGGAGCUGCGAGCCGCGGUGCUGCAGCUGCGCGAGACCGUCGUGCAGCAGAAGGAGACGCUGGGCGCCCAGCGCGAGGCCAUCCGAGAGCUCACCGGCAAGCUGGCGCGCUGCGAGGGGCUGGCGGGCGGCAAGGCGCGCGGCGCAGGGGCCACGGGCAAAGACACCAUGGGCGAUCUGCCGCGGGACCCGGGCCACGUCGUGGAGCAGCUCAGCCGCUCGCUGCAGACCCUCAAGGACCGCUUGGAGAGCCUCGAGCUCCAACUCCGCACAAACACGUCUAACGCCGCCGGGCUGCCAAGCGACUUUCGAGAGGUGCUCCAGAGGAGGCUUGGGGAGCUGGAGAGGCAGCUGCUACGCAAGGUGGCCGAGCUGGAGGAUGAGAAGUCCCUGCUCCACAACGAGACCUCGGCUCACCGGCAGAAGACAGAGAGCACACUGAACGCGCUGCUGCAGAGGGUGUCUGAGCUGGAGCGAGGCAACAGUGCAUUCAAGUCACCGGAUGCGUUCAAAGUGUCCCUUCCUCUCCGCACAAACUACCUGUACGGCAAGAUCAAGAAGACAUUGCCCGAGCUGUACGCCUUCACCAUCUGCCUGUGGCUGCGGUCCAGCGCCUCGCCAGGCAUCGGCACGCCAUUCUCUUACGCUGUGCCUGGGCAAGCCAAUGAAAUUGUGCUGAUAGAGUGGGGUAAUAAUCCCAUUGAGCUGCUCAUCAACGACAAGGUCGCACAGCUGCCCCUGUUUGUUAGUGAUGGCAAGUGGCAUCACAUCUGCAUCACCUGGACCACUCGAGACGGCAUGUGGGAAGCAUUCCAGGAUGGGGAGAAGCUCGGCACUGGGGAAAAUCUGGCACCCUGGCACCCCAUUAAGCCAGGAGGUGUGCUCAUCCUGGGACAGGAACAGGACACUGUGGGGGGCAGAUUUGAUGCCACACAGGCCUUUGUUGGGGAGCUCAGCCAGUUCAACAUAUGGGACCGUGUUCUCCGGGCGCAAGAGAUCAUCAGCAUUGCCAACUGCUCCACGAACAUGCCGGGAAACAUCAUCCCAUGGGUGGACAACAACGUCGACGUGUUCGGAGGGGCUUCCAAGUGGCCUGUGGAGACGUGUGAGGAGCGUCUCCUGGAUUUGUAGCUGCCUUCUCCCUGUCCAGAAGGCCAGGAUCAGGCUGUUCUGGGGAGUUCAAGGCCAUUUGUUCCCCGGUUCAACUAUAACUUCUGGCCUAAACAGAAAAGACAU